AUGCGGCACCCUCUGCUUCUAGGAUCCCUACUCGCUUACACUCUCUUCUUCGGGACAUCUGCUCGGGCUGGACCCCUGUGGCGAGAGAAACUCAUCGACGUGCUUGACCAGGUGCCAUCAUUCAACAUCCCCAGCAUCGCCAUGCCACCCGGCUCCUCAUCCAACGACGCCCCGAUCCUGUCCGACGUGGUUGGUAAGGAUCGGAGCAUCAACAUCUUCAGCGGUUUCACGCGAGAUGUCGACUCCGUUGCUGCCCGUUUGAAUGAUGGAUCCCAGAACGCCACCAUUCUGGCACCCGACAACAGCGCUAUCCACGCACUGCCGCGCAAGCCCUGGGAGGACCCCAGAGAGUACGAGUCCUUGGGUGCGAACGCGUACGAGGGAGCCGAUGGCUCAUCCCGGGCGCAGAAAAACUUGGAGCGCUUUGUGAACGCGCACAUCAUACCUGAAAGCCCGUGGAAAGAGAACCACAAGAUCCAGUCGCUUGGAGGAAACACGGUCUGGUACGAGAUCAAGGAUGGCAAGAAGAUGCUUCAACCGGGCGACAUCGAGGUUUCCAGCAUCGCUGACAAGGUUGCCAACGGUGAGAUCUGGAUUAUCAAGGGCGUCUUGAACUACGCGUGA